CAAGAAGUAGAGGGGAGGGGUAAACAGAGAGACGUGGGAGAGUAGAGACUGAGACUUGUCCUGAAUGAGAAACAGCCAGAGCUAGAGAGACCGUCAGCCUACUGCGAGACAUUCCGGGACACUGCGGGCAGCGGGGAGACAGCAGACAUGUCAGGCAACGGGAUACAGCCCCGAGCGCUCAAAUAUGAGCAAACGCUGAUGUAUGGGCGCUACACUCAGGACCUUGGAGUUUAUGCUAGAGAAGAGGCUGCUCGGAUUCGCCAAGAGAGAGAACAUCACAAACCAGGCAGAGAAGAACAGCCGCGGGUGGCUGAACUGAGGGAGUACGAUGAGAGCCGUUGUGCCAAGUGUAAAAUCUUCUGCGUGCACUCUCAGCGGCUUGUGCUCUCUCGUAUUGGGGAGGACUGGAUAUUUCUUAUUCUCCUGGGUUUACUGAUGGCUCUGGUGAGCUGGGUCAUGGACUUCACAAUUGCUGUUUGUUUACAAGCUCACAAGUGGAUGUACGGUGGUUUGGACAGUAAUGUUUUCCUGCAGUACUUGGCCUGGGUCACGUAUCCCGUCGUCCUCAUCACUUUCUCUGCAGGAUUCACACAGAUCUUGGCUCCUCAGGCUGUGGGUUCUGGCAUACCAGAGAUGAAGACAAUCCUGCGUGGUGUGGUACUUAAGGAAUAUCUUACCCUGAAAACAUUCAUUGCCAAAGUGAUUGGUCUGACUUGUGCCCUCGGGAGUGGAAUGCCACUAGGAAAAGAAGGCCCGUUUGUGCAUGUUGCCAGUAUGUGCGCUGCUCUGCUCAGCAAGUUCAUGUCUCUGUUUGGUGGAAUCUAUGAAAAUGAGUCUCGUAACAUUGAGAUGUUGGCUGCAGCCUGUGCUGUUGGAGUUGGAUGCUGCUUUGCUGCCCCCAUUGGAGGAGUCCUGUUUAGCAUUGAGGUCACCUCCACAUUUUUUGCUGUACGAAAUUACUGGCGUGGUUUCUUUGCUGCAACCUUUAGUGCUUUCAUAUUCAGAGUCCUCGCUGUGUGGAACAAAGAUGAAGAGACCAUCACUGCAUUAUUUAAAACUCGUUUUCGUCUGGACUUUCCAUUUGACCUGCAAGAACUUCCAGCGUUUGCUGUGAUUGGGAUUGCCAGUGGAUUUGGUGGUGCUCUGUUUGUCUAUCUGAAUCGUAAGAUCGUAGAAUUAAUGAGGAAGCAGAAAGCAAUUAACAAAUUUCUCAUGAAGAAGCGACUGCUGUUUCCUGCUUUGGUGAGCUUGCUCAUAUCCACUCUGACUUUCCCUCCUGGAUUCGGACAGUUCAUGGCUGGUCAGCUGACCCAAAAAGAGACUUUGGUAACACUGUUUGAUAACACUACAUGGGCUCAGCAAGGAGUCUCUGAGGACUUCAUGUUCAGGGGGGCCUCCAGUGCCUGGAAAAACCCUAGAACUAAUGUGUUUGUCACUCUGGUGGUGUUUAUCUUAAUGAAGUUUUGGAUGUCUGCUCUGGCCACCACAAUUCCUGUACCCUGUGGGGCAUUCAUGCCAGUGUUUGUGAUUGGUGCAGCAUUUGGCAGGCUGGUUGGCGAGAGUAUGGCUGCCUGGUUCCCAGAUGGCAUUCACAGUGAUGGUAGCACAUACCGAAUUGUACCUGGUGGUUACGCAGUUGUCGGAGCCGCAGCACUUUCUGGAGCUGUCACACACACUGUGUCCACUGCCGUCAUUGUGUUUGAGCUAACAGGGCAGAUUUCCCAUAUCCUUCCAGUGAUGAUUGCAGUCAUUCUGGCAAAUGCAGUGGCUCAGAGUCUGCAGCCGUCCCUUUAUGACAGUAUUAUUCGCAUCAAGAAGCUGCCCUACCUCCCAGAACUGGGGUUUGGCCAUCAGGAGAGGUACAAUGUGCGGGUUGAGGACAUAAUGCUGAGAAACAUUCCCUUUGUGACACUGAACACCAAGUACCGGGAACUACAGGAACUGCUGACAGACUGUCGCAUGAAGAACUUGGCAUUGGUGGAGACAGCAGAGUCCAUGGUGUUGCUGGGCUCCAUUGAAUGCUCUCAGCUGGUCUCUUUGCUGCGGUUUCAGCUCAACAGAAAGCGUCGCCUGCAGCAGCUGCGAGAGAAGGAAAGUGGGGGAAGAAAAGAUAUAGAGAGCACUGUGCGAUUCCAGAUAGCCACAGAGGAAUCCACAUUUUCCCCACCUCGAGUAGGCGAAAGCCGGAAGCCCCUUAAACCAGCCCUGAAACGUAACCAGAGUAGCCUGACUGAUUAUUCACAAGAUGAUACUGAUAACUCAGUAGCUGCCCUGAAAAAUAUAUUAUGUGCCAAAGAUUUCAGUGAAGAUGUGGAGUCUUCCCAGAGUCCUGCGUCUCCCUCAAAGCCUAAACCCAAACGGAAACAUCUGUUUUGUAAGGGGGAAGACAUGGAUGAGAUAGACACAAUGACACAGUCACAGAUUUUAGAGUGGGAGGAGCUUCAGCUGGAUGAAACAAUGAAUUUCAGUAACUGCAAGAUUGACCCUGCUCCAUUCCAGCUGGUGGAAAGAACAUCUCUACAUAAAGCACAUACAGUUUUCUCCUUGCUGGGGAUGGACCACGCAUAUGUAACUUCCAUAGGAAGACUCAUUGGAAUGGUGACUCUGAGAGAGCUCCGUAAGGCUAUUGAGGGCUCGGUGAACGCAAAGGGUGCUAAAGUGCGCCCUCCUUUGGCCAGUUUCAGAGACAGUUUCACAAGUAGUAGUGAGACGGAGACCACCAAUGUCAAUAAACUUUGGGAAAGAAGCCGACGACACCUGCUGCCUCGUGAGUCCAGCCCAUCUGAUAGUGAUGAUAAGUGAUCUUAAUCUGAACUCAUUCAUUAGCCAACCUGCACUUGGGGGAUUCUGGAAUCUGACAUCAGUACUUCCUUCUGUGUCGCACAGCAAAUCUGAAGUACACUGCUGAGCAACUUAAUAGGAGUCUUCCAUUGCAACUCCAGGGGAGUAGCAGGACCUGGGUAAUUAUGACAUGGCCUUUAUUGGCCUUCUCUCCAGAAGUGCUUUCGAGCGUCUCAAUGACAUGAACUCUCCACCUGUAAUGAUCACAGGAAGUGAGUGCAAUCUGGCACAGGCAUGAUAACACAGUGACUGGACAGGAACUGGACUGCAAGAAAUUUGUAGCCAUACUUUUUAUUCUCUGGUUGCUACAUGCUGGACAUGAAGGGUUAACACUGGUACUAAUUUUAUGUAUGUAUUAUAUUAAAAUAAAUUAAUGUUG